AGGGCCACGUGGGCGCGACAACCGGAGCUCCCGAUGGAAUCGGAACAGCAGCCAGCGGCGGGCCGACGUUUGCUCAGCCCAGCAGAAUUACUAGCAGCCCGUACACGGGAUCACAGAGUUCCUCAGCGCUCCCAUGGUCAGAAGGAUUUCAUCCCUGAUGGGUCAGAAGAACAAGAGGAGAGGCUGCGCCAGUGUCGGGAAGAGCACUGGCAGCUUCUGGAAGAGGAGCGUGUGGAGCGGCUGGGAAGUCUGGUGAAAGCUGAAUGGAAGCCUAAGGAUGGCAUUGUGGAGCUGAAAUCUCCUGCUGGAAAAUUCUGGCACACCAUGGGCUUUGCAAAACAUGGAAAGCAAUGCCUGCUUCCAGAAGAAGCCCUGUAUCUCCUGGAAUGUGGAUCUAUUCAGCUGUUCUACAAAGGCCUUCCUUUAUCAGUCCAGGAUGCAUAUGAGAAUCUGCUGCCCUUGAAGUUGGUGAGCUUGCUGAAGUAUCAGGUUUUCAGCCACUUGAAGAGACUGGGGUACAUUGUUUUAAGAUUCCAUCCCAGCAUUGUUCCGACACCUUACGAGAGACAACUGAAUCUGAAUAGCUGCUACCAAAACACACAGAAAGGUCGUCACAAGAGGAAAAGGAGCUCCAGCCCAUGGUUGGAAGACGAGAAGUCGAAAGCAUCUGAGAAAUCUCAGGAAUGUAAAGAGUCACCAAAAAAGGCCAGGAGGCAUCAUGAGAGGGACAGUCGGCCCGCCCCAGAGGGUUCAUGCAAGGAGGAAAAAAAGAAGGCUUCAGAUCAUAAAGCUGGGGUUCUGGGGCAAGCCCCCUCGCCCAGUGUCGCAAAAGGGUGCCAUGUCUCUCCGAGUUCUAGCCACGAUUUCAAAGAGAGGUCAAGGAAGACCUCAUUGGAAAGUUAUGAUGAUGCCCGUCCUUCCCGCUGGGAUUUUGCCACAAUCAUUUUCCCCAAUGUAGGUGCUGAUUGUCCACACACCCUUCUGCUCGAGCCUGAUAAGAGGCUCCUCCCUGAGAAUGUAACGGCCCGGGAAGCUGAUGUGGCCCAUUGGCGCAGGAGACUUAACCAGAAGCAGGAUCGGUUGACCCGCAAGGAGUGGGAAAAGCUGAAGUGGGAGAGCAAGUACAAGGGCAGCGUGAACGAGGAUCAGGAAGUCCGAGGCUGCUCCAGCUGGCAAGAAUACAAGGCCCUUCUGGAGGAGAGGAGGCAGCGGAAGGAGAGGAGUUGUCCUGCACACCUCUGGGAGCAGGCAGUUACCCCUCUGGUGAAGCCAGGCCCGGAUCUUUCCACAGCCAAUGUCCUUCAACAGAUCAGUGUGUUCCAGCCCUCCCACAUCCUAGAUGAGGCAUUUCGUCUGCAAAACAAUUCCAGAGACCCGCAGAUAGAUUUUGAUGUUUAUCAAGCAGACAUGGUUUCCAGCUUUAAGAAGAAUGACCCCGGGAAGCCUUAUGUCCGGAUAUGUGUUCGGAGGUUUGAUGAGCAGAUCCCAUCCCUAAGGGUUUUGAAACAACUUGCCUAUCAAAGUGGAGAUGUCCCAGUGGUCUUUGCACUAGUAGACAAUGGAGACAUUGUAUUUUACUCUUUUAAGGAUUUCAAGCUGCCGGUUGAUAUUUAUCUCUGAUAUUGUUUUCUGGGGAAGCUUGUUUGUGUAUACAGUGGUACUCAGGACUUCCAGUUUGUUCAUCAUGAUACUGUAUUGAAUUUCUGACCACCAGCACUGUGUCCCCAAAGGAUGCAAAUUCUGUGGAGCAAGAACCUGUCGUUCCCAAAGAUGAAUAGCAGUUUGAAGAAAAUCUUGUCUUGACAGUAAACUUUUGUUUUUUGUUUUUUUAACCCAUCACCACCCAAUUACCUCUUCCAAUGCAUCUCCAGGACAGGGGUGAGAUUCAUGCAAGCCCAAUACAAUCCCUGCCCCCAGCACCUAUUUGCAGCCCUGGCCUCUUCCAUACACCCCCCCUUUGGUCAACAAUGGAAACUCUCUGUCCCAAAAGCCUCCAGGAGCUGCAGUUUUCCUUGAAAAGCAAAGCACGUGGCCUUGCUUUAGUAUAUGCAUGUUUCUGUUAAUUAUUUCAACACUGGUCAUCUUUGGCUUUGUAAAAAUUAAGAAAACGUGCAUUUUUUGAGGUGUAGUCCACAGCUGGUUCCCAAAGGGGUAAAAUGAGCUUGCUGUCCUCCCCACAGCUUGCCAAGCACUGCUUGAUUUUAGUGCUUUUGCUGAUUGGAGCUUGAGGAGUUUUUUUGGGGGGAGGGGUGAUGGCAUCAUAUUCUACCCCACACUUGCAAAUUUGCUAGCUGGCAUGGGCACUGACUACAGGGUUCUGAUAAUUAUAGUCCAAAAAGAACACACACAGACCUGCCACGUUUUACUUAAAACUUACCUGGUGCUUGGGUAGAGGUUCCAUCAUGAAUUCAGACACCAGCUCCAUGGUUUGGCAUAUGUCAACACUAGAAGCUGACUUUAGUUAUUAGUGGCUCCCAAGUGUUAGCAGCAGAGAAGAAAUGAUCCAUGAUUGAAUGCUGAUCUUUUCUAGUCUCAGAGUGCAGCAAGAGGGUAACUGAAGAGUUCCCUGUAGCUGGGCGCAUGGUUCCCACAUCAGGUGCUUUUUCUUCAGUAGAAGUAAUCUGGAGAAAAUAAAAUUGUCAAAUGCUGGGAUCUUAUAAAAAUCCAUGGAACUGCACAGUGACUUCCCUUGGGGUUUUUUGU